AUGCGUACCCCUGUGGUAACAGGUAACUUUGGCGUCCGGGGUGGCAUGUACAGCACAUACGAUUGCGCGAUCAAGGGGAUACGUCAAAAAGCAGAUGCAUGGAACGCCAUUGGAGCAGGAUUCAUAACUGGAGGCACUCAGGCAAUCCGUGGCGGCUCCCGCGCAGCCAGAACAGGCGCUGUGAGGUGCGCCCCCUUGUUUGCAGUUAUCGAAGGCGCUGGAGUCGGGUUCCGAAAACUGAUGGCGGAUAGUACGGGGCUGGAUGUUGGUUCGGUAGCUAUGCCAUGA